GAUAAAUGUGACGUUGCCUGGUUCAGAUUUUUUUUCCUGAAACAGGAUUUAGGAACUUUUAUUUUGAAAGGUGCUGCCAAGCUACCGUCGCUUAAUGUAGUUUGCUUCACGCUACGAAUCAAACUACGAGAUUAUUUUCAUUUUUUUUGUAUGGGUUUAUGCACAAAAGGAGACGAUAACAAUAUUUUAUGGAAGUAAUUUUAUGUUGACUAUUUGAUUUUUGCAUAGACAGAACACCAUGCUUCUUAACAGAAUAAUUCACUUGAGAACAUGGACAGUGCUGCCCAAAACUAUAUCCGUAAUUUUCUCACGGCAAGGUGCCCACAGCCUGUCUUCAUUUCGUCAAGCAGCACAGAUGCCUGAGAAGAAGCUCCAGGGCCUUGUUUUUCCUUUCAGUGAGCUUGAGAGUCACCUCUCCAGUCGAGUAAGCAAGACCAACUUCCAGUUAUUCCAGCCUAGUUUUGAGGACAUAGAAAGGGCAGAGGCACUCUUUUCCCCUUCCAAGAAACACAAGAUUGAUUAUUUUACAUCAGCUGUAAGAAUGGAUCAUGCUCCAGUAAUAACCCAACCAGAGGUGUGCUUUAUUGGCAGAAGUAAUGUUGGAAAAUCCUCUCUUAUUAAAGCAUUGUUUUCUUUGGUCCCAGAGGUUGAAGUUAGAGUUUCUAAAACGCCGGGACACACAAAAAAAAUGAAUUUCUUCACCGUUGGUAAGGCCUUCACUUUAGUUGACAUGCCAGGUUAUGGACAUAAAGCACCAAAGGAUUUUGUUGAAAUGGUUGAAGCCUAUCUUGAAACCAGGACUAACUUGAAGAGAACAUUCUUGCUUAUUGACGGUUCAGUGGGACUUCAAGAGGCAGACAGAAUAGCCAUUGGCAUGUGUGAGGAGUUUGGCCUUCCCUAUGUUAUUGUGGUGACCAAGAUUGACAAGGCAAGCAGGGGAGAGCUGUUAAGGCACAUAGUAGAGGUGGAAGACACUAUAAAGAUGCACACUUUGGGAUGCUUUCCCCAGCCAUUUCUAGUAAGUUCAACCCAGUUCAAGGGAAUAUACCUUCUGCGAUGCUUCAUUGCCCAUGUGACAGGAAACCUUCACCUGAAGUCUGAUUCACAGAUAAAAUGGUAGAAGUAUGUGCUGAAUGUACAUAAAUCCUAUCUGUUGUUUGUAUAAUUUAUUCUUAAAUUUAUCAAAAAUCUAUAUGCUAACCACAACUUUAGUAUAUUUAUAAUAAAAUAUUCAGUAUUCAAAUGUUUUGAUGUCGCAUCUUAAUUUAUGUCUCUGUAAACGGUUAUAUAAAAGUUAGAAUUUCCCUAAGAUUUCACCUUUAGUCACUCUCAAGUUUAGGUGUACUGUCAAACCCAGGUUAAAAAAUUGAAAUAAAUUUCAUAAUCAAGAGAAAAGAUGUGACAUACUGUAUACAGUAUAACAUUUAACCUAGUUGAUACAGCCAGCCCCUGUGAAGUAUCCCAUCUGGGUAUUUCCACAUCUGCCUAACCAGAAAAUGGGAAUUUUGUUUCUCAACCCUCUCAGAUUUUACUAGAAAAUGCGCUUUUUGGAUAUGAGAUACUAGUCAUUCUUUUUUUACCAGAGAAACUCUUGUAUUGGCCUCAAAUUGGAUACUCCUAUUGAAUAUAGUUCUACACAUGAUGAAAAGGCUUUAGCAAAGAAAAUAUCAGGAGCCCCUAUCUUACUUUUGAUAGUUUACUAGACCAAACUAUUUUACUGAUAAAAAGCAUCAGAGUUCCAAGAGUUUAUUCUGGGAUUAUCCAUACUUGUAAGAGUUGAAUAUCCUUCGAUAAUUGUUCAAAAUUCUGAUAUGAUGAAAAUGUAUCAAAGGUGAUAAAAAACUGUGUUGCAUACAAUCAUAAACACAAUAAUAAAUAAACUGGCAUUUAUUUCUAAA